AAUAAAUAGGCGCCCACAAUCUGCAUUAGUAGAGGACGAAGGAUCAUCUCUUACAGGAACGCAAACACAGUAGAAUUCAAACGAAAUAGCCAUGCAGUUCUUCGGUGUUUUAAUUCUGGCUGGCAUGCUGUGCAUUUCAUUUACUUUGGAAGAAAAGAUCUUUCGAAUCGAGUCGCAUAAGAAGGGUAAAGAAAACGUGCUGAUUAUUAAAGAAAGAACCACUGGUAAGAGGGUCACGGAAAUCGACGUGUUUGAAAAUGAUGGAUAUCAGCUUGGAAAGCCUGAAGACGAAAAUUCCUGCCUCGUCUCACGGUUUCUAAUCAGGUCAGCUGAUUCCCCGACUUGUUUCAAACGUAUAAAUGCUCCAAAAGACAUGCAAGAAGAAUUAUCAAUCGAUCUUACAGAAUGUGGAGAUCGGGAUAUUGUCUUCCUAGAGCCAACAAAUUGUCGUAAGACUGACACGGACAUGGAUCGAGAACCUAGCAACGAACUCAGGCAAAAAAGGGCGACGUUGGGAUGCUACACCACAGAAGCGAUCGUAAGCUAUUGUAAAAGGCAUGAAAAUGUAUGUUCCAAAACUCGUUGGUGGAAUAAUAAGUGUAAAGAAUAUAGAACCCAAUGUGCGGAAACCGGGACAAGGGUUGCUGCUACAACAAUAAAUUGCUAAAAAAGGAAAAUAAAUCGUGGUGAAAACUUCAGCAACAAAAGUUGAUAUCCUUGCUUAAAAUCUUUAACUGUUAAAAAUGUUUGUAUCUGUAUGACUAAUUUACAUGACUAAUGUUGCAAUCCAACAGAAGUCACGGUUUCUAUUCUAUGCUUUUUGUGUGUUAGAAAUUUUAUUUCUAUUUGAAAUUUAAACAAUGCUUGCCUUAUAAAAGUUACUGUAGAAGAAAAUGACAUACGUGUUUAUUCAAACCUUGACAGAACGGUAUUAUGGAUAACCUUUUGAAACAACACUUAAAACUACUUGGUGACUGUAGAAUUGUUUUUAUUUUUUCAUGUGUGUUUUGUUGGAGAGGAGAAGAACUGAAGUAAAUUGAUUGCAUCAUUUAUUGGAUAUUUUAUCUAUCAACAUUUAGCAAAUCGUUUUUAAUUAGACUGAGUUGAAUAGAAGUUAAUUUCUUGCUUAUUUCCCACAGAAAUUUCAAAGGUGGGUUACUGAUGCAUUUGUCAGACAAAUCUUAUUGUUUGUGUUUGGUUUAUGUUUGCUUUGAUAGUUUCAUUGGUCACAAAACAAAAAGUCAUUCAAGUCCCCAUGAAACAAUUUUGAUACUCUUCACUUAAAACGAAGAGGUAGACGUGCAAUUCUUUUCAAAUAUAUUGCAUUAUAAGUACAUCUGCAUAUAAGGUUUAUGAAUAAAAAUGUGCUCUUUUUCCAUUUUUUGAAAUUGUGUACAAUGACUUAAAUGCGAAUCAGCAACAUAAAAAGAUGAAAGAGAAUACUUUUUGUGAAUUAUCUGCCAUGACGUUAGCAAGAAAUUCACUUUCAAAAGCAAGUAACUGAAAAACCAGACCAGUAACUCAUAAUGUUUGUUUAAAAGAUUUUUUUUCAUAUUUUAAUAUGAUGUUAAAACAUUCCAUUAAUUAGUUUUCAUUUUGCCCAUAUAUAUGUGUAUUAAAAACUUCAGGUAACGUCUCCAUGAUACAUAACAUAAUCAUAUUUUCUCAUUUGUUUUAUUACUGAAAUAAAUAAUUAUCUGAACUAUUUAUUAACAUGCUACAAUACUGAAUUGUUAUAACUCAAGUCUGAAUCAAUAAAGUCUUAACCAAG